CGCCUGCGCCGAGAGAAGGAGGGGCGGGCCUUCCACUCUGUCUUUUUAUUUAUUUCUUUGUUUCCAGCAGAAAAAAAUACCACAGUGGUAUAUUCCUCUGCGGGACUGCCAAUGUUUCCCGUCCGAAUAAAGACAGAACCCUGGAUCAUACUGCUGUAGGUAUUAAAAAGCCCGAUUUAAGGGGGCGAGGAUGAAGCGGCGCAAUGCGGACUGCAGCAAGCUCCGACGGCCCUUAAAACGGAACCGAAUCACCGAGGGGAUCUACGGCAGUACGUUCCUGUACCUGAAAUUUCUGGUGGUCUGGGCGCUGGUGCUGCUGGCAGACUUUGUGUUGGAGUUCCGCUUCGAGUACCUCUGGCCUUUCUGGCUCUUCAUACGCAGUGUUUACGACUCCUUCAGAUACCAGGGCCUGGCUUUCUCAGUGUUCUUUGUGUGUGUGGCAUUCACAUCAGAUAUUAUAUGUCUGCUGUUCAUCCCAGUGCAGUGGCUGUUCUUUGCAGCCAGUACAUACGUGUGGGUACAGUACGUCUGGCACACAGAACGAGGGGUCUGCCUCCCUACUGUGUCGCUCUGGAUACUUUUUGUUUAUAUCGAGGCAGCUAUCAGAUUUAAAGAUUUAAAACACUUCCAUGUGGACUUGUGCCGUCCAUUUGCAGCGCACUGUAUCGGGUAUCCAGUGGUGACGCUAGGCUUUGGUUUUAAGAGUUAUGUAAGUUAUAAGAUGCGUCUGCGCAAACAGAAGGAAGUGCAGAAAGAAAACGAGUUUUACAUGCAGCUGCUGCAGCAGGCGUUGCCUCCAGAACAACAGCUCAUACAGAGACAAGAGAGAGAAGCCGAGGAAGCAGCAUCUAAAGGCAUUCAAGAUGUCGACUCUCCAGCUGUGGUGCAAAACGGCUCAGCAGGCGGUAAAAAACCUUCGUCUAACACGUUUCCAGAGCUGGAAUACAGAGAGAAAGAACGGGGCAAGAAUGAGUCGAAAAAACAACACAACCACAACCAGAACCAUCACAGCAGUACCAGCAGCAGCAACAUCUUGCCGUCAGUGGACAGUAAAGCUCAGGAGAUGGAGUACAUGGAGAACCAUGUGAACAGUAAGAGACUGAGCAGCUCAGAUCUGCUGGGCAGCACUGAGAACCUGCUGAAAGAAGAACACUCAUCAUCCUCCUCCUCUUCCUCCUCUUCCAACUCCAACAAAAAUUACAAAAACGCCAGCGGAGGGGGUGGGAGCUCUUCGCCCCGGGGGCACGGAACGGCCAACGGCAGCGUGCCGACCUCCUUCGGGCCUUCAUCGUCCUCCGCUUCCUCAAAUAAAGGGGACAGGAAACAGAAGUGUGGAGGAGGGAAGAACUCUGCAACGCACAGAGACCCCAUGGAGAACUGCAUUCCCAACAAUCAGCUGAGCAAACCAGAGGCGCUCGUCAGGCUGGAGCAGGACGUUAAGAAGCUGAAGGCAGACCUGCAGGCGAGCAGACAGACAGAACAGGAUCUGCGCAGUCAGCUGGGCUCUCUGGGCAGCUCUGAACGCAGCAUACGCUCUGAGCUGGGACAGCUGCGUCAGGAGAACGAACUACUGCAGAACAAACUUCAUAACACUGUACAGGCGAAGCAGAAGGAUAAGCAGACAGUGGGGCAGCUGGAGAAGCGACUGAAGGCAGAACAGGAGGCUCGUGCUGCAGCAGAGAAACUGUUGGCAGAGGAAAAGAAACGCAAGAAACUAGAGGAGGCCACAGCGGCCCGUGCAGUCGCUCUCGCAGCUGCAACCAGAGGUGAGUGCACAGAGUCUCUGAGAAGGAGGAUUUCUGAGCUGGAGACGGAAUGUAAGAAGCUCACGCUGGACAUCAAGUUGAAGGAGGAUCAAAUCAGAGAGCUGGAGCUCAAAGUCCAGGAGCUGCAUAAAUAUAAGGAGAUUGAAAAGGACACAGAGGUUCUGAUGUCAGCGCUGUCAGCAAUGCAGGAUAAAACCCAGCACCUGGAAAACAGCCUCAGUGCAGAGACCCGAAUCAAGCUGGACCUCUUCUCUGCCCUCGGAGAUGCCAAGAGACAGCUGGAGAUUGCACAAGGUCAGAUCCUGCAGAAAGACCAGGAGAUAAAAGACCUGAAACAGAAGAUCGCAGAAGUGAUGGCCGUCAUGCCCAGCGUGGUCUAUUCAGCAGAUACGGGCAGCAUGACUCCAGUCACGCCCCAUUACUCCUCCAAGUUCAUGGACACCAGUCCAUCAGGCCUGGAUCCAAAUGCAUCUGUUUACCAGCCCAUGAAAAAAUGAAUGCUUGUUUCCCACAACAGACCUCCUCUCAUACAUGCGCACACACACACACAUACACACACACACACACAGUCCUCUCUGGUUGUUUCUUUUCCUCCAUAGGCCCAGAUUCAAUUCAUCUUUUGGCAUGUCUGUGGCUCAGAUUGCAUUUUUUGUUUUUCUUCGGUUUUACGUCUUCUAUUACUACAGCUUCUUGCCUGGUCAGAAGGAUGUUGUAUUGUGUGACUGUAUUUGUUGUAGUAAAAAAAAAAAAAAAGACAAAAAAAGAAGACUUUUAAGGGACAUCACACGUUGAGUAGGAAACUGCUGUUUCUUUUCUCUUGUAAAUGUCUAGAAACCUCACAGAAGUCGGUGAGUAUCUUCCCGCAGUCAAUUCUGAGACCUCUUGCUUCAAGUUUUUGUUCCUCUAUUUUGGAUUUCAGCCUUGAUUUACUUUUCCGGUGGGGGAGAUGGAAAUCAGGGCAAGAGUGAGAUCUGUUGUCCCAGGUGCUCUAUCCCAUAUCAGAGGUCAAGAAGAUUUAUACUCUAGAAUGUCACCAUCUAAGAUGACAAGAUUGUAAUGCAAUGUUGAACCUGUCUCAAAAAACCCAAAACUCGUGUCUGUAUCAAACUUCCCAGAAAAAACUGCAAAAUAUGACCAAAUUAUAAAAAAUUUUAUCAGUAUCUCAGAAAUGGACACCUCCUGAUUUUCGUGACUUGUAGGAUGGACCGAAGCUUCACCUUCGAUAUGGAUUGCUGUCCAGUUACGUUAUAAACCACGCACCACAAACUUGCAGAUCGUUUCUGAGAAGUCCAACAGCGUUGUUAAUAACAGAUAAUCAGUGCCUUCAUACGGGACCUCAUUGGUGGAAAUGAAAGAUCUCUUUCCCCCGCCCCCCUCCAGCCAGGCUUCAACCAACAUCCCAUUUGGGCAACCUUUUGCAAACAGAUCACCAGCCAUUGGCAUGGCUGUUUAGGUCCUCUUACAAACUGUGCUUGAAAAUUCGGUCAUUUGUUUACAUUUAUUUAUUUAUCCAGCAUUGCACUAUUGCAUUGUUGACUUCAACAAGCUUGUAAGGGAAUAUGUUCAGUAUAAAACACAGAACCCCCCCCCACCCCCUUGUUUUCAUAUUGUAUUGACCAUCUUUCAGUAUCAGAUGAAAAGCUAGUGUAGUCCAGUGCCAACGAUGUGGAAAGGCUGUAAAUUUGUUGCACGAGAAAAGUGUUUCAGACCCAUCAGGUUACUGGCUGGUCCAAUGAGUGAAGCUGGAGGAGCAUAUAUAUAUGUGUUUGCAUAAAUGCUUUGAUGUGCCGCUUGAUGGCGCUAUUGCAUUCAGAAAGUAUUGCAAUUUCACACUCUUAAGUCUAAAGGUGUUAGGCUGUAGUAGACCAAGACUUGAAUGUGUUUUCAAUGGAUCAGCAUCACUCUCAAUAUGUCAGUUAAUACAGACUAGACUUCAUCGAUGGCUGGUAAACAUUGAGUAUUACUAGGCUGAAGGGAGAAUGUCCCAAGCCAACCUUCCUUACAAGCUUCAGAUUUGUGUUAGCACAGAUUUUGCCAACUAAAGGAAGCAUUUCAAUAUUCAAGCCAGUUCCCUAAAAAAUUGGAGCUCCACUGCUGGAUCAGGCGUUACCCUGCUAGUCAGCUUAGCGGUAGAAUUCUGGUGUGGGUUGUUUCAGAAGAGGAGAAAGUUAUUGUGUUUAGUAUUCCAUUUGAUUUAUGAAGGGUGGGAGGGAGUGUUGGGGUAGCCAGAGUCAGUCCAAUGUGGUAUUGUAGUGCUCCGAGAUGGUUGUUGUUUUUCGGUGUCUGUGUUUUUUGAACUAUGAUGUGAUUGAGGAAGUGAGAAUGUUUAUGAUGUCAAAGUGGUUUAAGUGAACGAGGAUACAAAGAGAAAGAUAUUUCAUUUCCUUUGCCCACCGUCACUGCUCUCUUCCUAACUGUUUUUCAGCCAAACCUCGGCUGCGCUCUCAGUCUCUGUGAGGUUUCAAGUAAUAAAAUAUUUUUUUCUGGCA